CUCGGGGAGGGACUUAAAGGGCCGGCUCGUUCCGCGGCUGCGGGUUGCCGCUGCACUGACCGUCCGGGGCCCGCGCCCGCGGGCGAAGACGCGCCAGCCCUAAUCCCGCACCACCAUGUAAACGGCACUGGCAGGCGGACGCUGGUUCCUCCGCCGGGGACCCCUCCGCCUCGACCCGGGCCCCGCGGCCCUCGAUGAGGACACACCAUGCUAACCGGGGUGACGGAUGGUAUCUUCUGCUGCCUGCUUGGCGCGCCCCCCAAUGCGGUAGCGCCACUGGAGAGUGUCGAGUCCAGCGAUGGCUACACCUUUGUGGAGGUCAAACCUGGUCGUGUGCUGCGGGUGAAGCACGCUGGACCCACCCCAGCCCCCACCCCACCUCCGCCACCACCUCAAGAUGCUGCCCAGGGGGACAGGUCUGGCUUGGUCCGCUGCCAGCGCCGGAUCACUGUGUACCGCAACGGGCGGUUACUGGUGGAGAACCUUGGCCGGGCACCCCGAGCUGACCUCCUGCACGGGCAGAAUGGCUCCGGAGAGCCGCCGGCCGCCCUGGAGGUGGAGCUGGCUGACCCGGCGGGCAGCGAUGGCCGCUGGGGCCCCGGCAGUGCCAGCAAUGGCAAUGGCAGCAGUGGGCGGCGGCGGCGAGCCCGACGCCCCAAGAGGACCAUCCACAUUGACUGUGAGAAGCGCAUCACUAGCUGCAAGGGCGCCCAGGCCGACGUGGUGCUCUUUUUCAUCCAUGGUGUCGGCGGCUCCCUGGCCAUCUGGAAGGAGCAGCUGGACUUCUUUGUGCGCCUAGGCUACGAGGUGGUGGCACCUGACCUGGCAGGCCAUGGGGCCAGCUCUGCGCCCCAGGUGGCCGCAGCCUACACCUUCUAUGCGCUAGCUGAGGACAUGCGGGCUAUCUUCAAGCGCUACGCCAAGAAGCGGAACGUGCUCAUUGGGCAUUCCUACGGCGUCUCCUUCUGCACAUUCCUGGCACACGAGUACCCAGACCUGGUGCACAAGGUGAUCAUGAUCAAUGGCGGGGGCCCCACGGCGCUGGAGCCAAGCUUCUGCUCAAUCUUCAACAUGCCCACCUGUGUCCUGCACUGCUUGUCACCCUGCCUGGCCUGGAGCUUCCUCAAGGCCGGCUUUGCCCGCCAAGGGGCCAAGGAGAAGCAGCUGCUUAAGGAGGGCAAGGCGUUCAAUGUGUCAUCCUUUGUGCUACGGGCCAUGAUGAGUGGCCAGUACUGGCCCGAGGGCGACGAAGUCUACCACGCCGAGCUCACCGUGCCCGUCCUGCUCGUCCACGGCAUGCACGACAAGUUUGUGCGGGUGGAGGAAGACCAGCGCAUGGCCGAGAUCCUGCUCCUGGCGUUCCUGAAGCUUAUAGAUGAAGGCAGCCACAUGGUGAUGCUAGAAUGCCCAGAGACGGUGAACACCUUGCUCCACGAGUUCCUGCUCUGGGAGCCCGAGCCCUCGCCCAAGACUCUGCCGGAGCCCCUGCCCGCGCCUGCGGAGGAGAAGUAGCCAUCAGACCGGCGGGGCAUCGCUUGGCCCAUCGGUGUUUCGGGGCCGCAGCCAGGAUCCCUGCAGAAGACGACCUUGUACAGACGUCCCUCUUCCUUCCCUCUCCAGCCAAAGGCACGGGCCGAGGCAGGCCCCCAACCCCGCUCUCUGUCUUCCGUGUCAGCCAUGCUUCAUCCUGGGACCCCCGAGCACCCCAGGGACCCUCGGGGCCAGUCCCAUUGCCUGAGACCCUCCCUAUCUCCCUAUCCCCUAUUCCUCGGCGCUAGGAGCUAUUGUUGCCCAAGGGCGGGGGGUGGGGGGGGGCGGGGGGAUGGGAGGGUUGGCGCCACCUAACCUGCACAUCUCAACUUGUAACUCAGUAAAAAGAAGUGACAAUCGGA